AUGAAAGUAUUAACAUCAGAGGAAUUAAAAGAAAGAUGGAGUAUUUUUAGUAAAAAUUAUCAACAUUAUAAUGAAUGUGCAACAGCACCUGUUGCAUUUAUAUUGAUAACAAGUUUAGGAUUGACAAGUGAAUUUGGUGAUAAUAAUAGGUGUAAAUCAAUAUUAGAGGUAGCAUGUGGACCAGGUGCAGGUACUAAAUUAUGUUUAGAUUAUAAAAAAGAUUCAACUAAAUUAAUAUCAACUGAUAUUUCCAAUGAAAUGAUUGAAUUGACAAAAGAGAAACUUGGAAUUACCAUCAAUCAAGAUAGCAAUGAAAUCUCAGAGUUAAAUUUUAAAAUUCAACAAUGUAAUGCUGAACAAUUACCAUUUGAAAAUGGUUCAUUCGAUCGUUAUUUUAGUAAUUUUUGUUUACAUUUAGUAACAUCACCAGAAACAAUGUUAAAAGAAGCUUAUAGAGUAUUAGAAGUUGGUGGUAUUGCUGCUUUUUCAGUUUGGGGUAGACCAGAGAAUUCGAAUCAAUUUACAAUUGUUAAAAAGAUGGCAGAGGAGAUUGGAUUGAAUUUUGGUACCACUCAAUCAAGAUCACCUUUUCAUUUAAAUGAUUCAAAUAAAAUUCGUCAAUUGGCCUUGGAUGCUGGUUUCUCUAGAGUACUUGUUGGUCAUACUUUUGUUAAUUCUCCAAUUCAAAAUGGUGAGGAAUAUUCUCAAGUAUUCCUAUCAAAUCCUGAUAUGCAAUCAUUCAUUAAAACACUUGAUAAUGAAAAAUUUUCACUUUGGAAAUCAAAGAUUGUAAACCAUGUCGAUCAACUUUUAAGUAAAGGUGAAUUUAUUGGUUCAGAAGCAACAUAUAUAGUUUGUACUAAAUAG